AUGGAUCCGCAAGAAGUCGUCGAACUCGCUAGAAUCCGUCAUAAUUUCGCCUGCGGUAUGGUUGGAUUGAUGUCCAAGGGAAAAUACCCUGAAAACGUUCUUUUGGACCUGCUCACUAGCCACCCUAUCGAAGGAUUAGUCCUGGAUAUCCACCAAUGCCUCAAUUUGCUCUCCGAAUUCAAACAAUUCGCACUUCAGAAGUACGGGAAUUCGCCAAACAAUCCUAUCAAGCAGUUUUGCCCGUCAUUCCAGGACGUGCAUUUCACUCGGGUGCAUGGAACGGAAUUCAACACCCAAUGA